AUUACGUUCGACCUUCAUUUGGUCAAUAUCAGUUUUUUAACUGAAGCUUGGGACAUCUGCGGAAGAAAACAGACCAGAGACGAUGGCGCCACCGCUCCCAUUUCCUUGGCGCCCAAUCAUUUUAUGUCUUAUGCUGUUACUUCUUAUCUCUCCAUCAUUCGCCAUUUACUGUGAUGAGGACGAUUGCUACGAUCUACUAGGGGUUUCUCAAAAUGCUAAUGCCUCGGAAAUCAAGAAAGCUUACUAUAAGCUCUCUUUGAAGUACCAUCCCGAUAAAAAUCCGGAUCCGGAAUCAAGAAAGUUGUUCGUGAAAAUUGCAAAUGCUUAUGAGAUUUUAAAAGAUGAAGCCACGAGAGAGCAGUAUGAUUAUGCAAUUGAACAUCCCGAAGAGGUCUUUUACAAUACAGCUCGUUACUAUCAUGCUUAUUAUGGACACAAGACGGAUCCUCGUGCUGUGUUGGUUGGUCUUCUUCUAAUUCUCUCAGGAUUUCAGUAUCUAAAUCAAUGGACGAGGUAUAAUCAGGCUGUAGCCAUGGUCAAGAAGACACCAGCUUACAGAAAUAGACUGCGGGCACUGGAACUUGAACGUAGCGGGGGAAUCACAAAUAAGAAGAAGAGUAACAAGCAAAUGGACAAGAAAAUGGAGGAUGAUCUCAGUAAAGAACUUGAUCUGCAGAUAAAAGGAGCUGAAAAACCCUCCAUCUGGCAACUUAUUGGUGUCCGCUUUGUUCUGUUACCUUAUACUAUUGGCAAGCUAUUGUUCUGGUCUGGGCAUUGGUACUGGAGAUACAACGUGAAAAAGGCUCCAUAUUCUUGGGAGGAUGCUUCUUACCUGACUCAAAAGUCCCUUGCAGUUCGUCUUGAUGCUUGGAUGAGUAUUGUUAAAGACGUUGCUGAAGCUGUGUGGUAUGUUUGUCAGAUGAAUCAACAAAGGAAGAUCUUGUUCGGAGACGUUUAUGGGAGAAAUCCAACUUGGAGACUUACAUGGCAGAAAUGCGUAAAGAGUCUAAGCGCAGAAGAUAGUAGUUUUUGUUGACUGCAAUCACAUGCUUCAUGAAAACCAAUAGAACGUGUUUUUGGUCGGAAUCAGUAAUGCCAAAUGUCCCAAAUGAUUGGAGCCGUCUAGUCCUGUGCCAAUAGGAUGGAUUUGGUUAACAAAUUAAUCAUGGUGUGGAGCAUGUAUGAGUUAGAAUCUCUUGACCCAAAAUUUAUUGUGGGGCAAGAAUGGGGGUAGAAACUUUUACCCAGUCCCAUCUCAUUCGGCAAAUAUACAUGUAUUGGAUACCAGAAAAAAUUCUUUGCAACAUUUGAACUUUUAUACUUUUUUCUCAUAUAUUUCUGUCAUUUAUGCUAGCGAAGGUUGUAGAAUACAUUACCACAAUAAGUUUAAUGUAAAGACCAAAUACAUGUUCCCACAUUAA